AUGAAGAAUAAAUCUCCUAAGAUGGAAACCUUCAUGCAGAAAGAAUUACCAUCUUUUUUAAAAGGAAUUGCUGAUAAAUCGAAAAUUAUGGUACAUCCCAACAUCUUUCUGGGCCUAAAUGAGGCAUCUUUUAGCGGCGGUGAUGGUGGCUGCGAUGCAAAAUCAACUCGACCCUUGCCGGAUAAUAAAGUGGUUUCAGGUUCAGAAUCUUCUGCUGCUUUCAACACAAGGUUUUCAGAUGAAAAUAUGUUCGAAGGAUAUCAUCAGGAACACUCUUUUCUUCCUGGAUUUAAUCUUGUCAAUCAGAUUGAUGGAUCUCCUGCGGAAGGAAGCUAUGUUCCUUUGAAUUUUCUUGAAUCUUUCCCAACUUUAAAUGAAUCACAUGUAUCUGAAUCUUGUGCAGAUCCAAAAUUCCCAAAUCUAAAUUUGUUUCUACAGGAACCAUCUAUCCUGAAAAGAGCAGAAGAAUCUCCUGCCAGAGAGAUUCAGAAGCCUGCACCCCUAGUAUUCUCAGUGUCUCAACUUGAGCAAUAUUAUCAGUUUCAGGAAGGGCCAGAUUGGUUGAAGAUCUAUCAGAAUAUAGCAAAUUAUAACCCAAAAGUUUUCAGUGAUUAUUGGCUCAGCACUACUAAAACUCAAGCGAUGAAACGAAGAAUCCCAAAUAGCCAGCUGCAGUUGAAUUCUUGUUUAUCGUCAUCAGUUUCUUCCUCCAAAAAGAUUUAUAGAGGAGUGAGACAAAGGCACUGGGGAAAAUGGGUUGCAGAAAUAAGAUUACCGAGAAAUCGAACACGGGUUUGGUUGGGGACUUUUAACACUGCAGAAGAAGCUGCUUUUGCUUAUGAUACAGCAGCUUACAUUCUAAGAGGAGAUUAUGCACAUCUAAAUUUUCCAGAUUUAAAGCAUCAGAUUAAGGCCAGUUCCAUGAGUAAGAAUACUGCCGCGCUUCUUGAAGCCAAGUUGCAAGCAAUAUCAUCACAAGGAAUUCUGGCCACUUCAAUUAAGACCAUUGAUCCACCAUCAACAUCACCAACAAAGCCAUUUUUGCAUGAAGAGUCGAAAAGUUCGAUCCAAAGUCCAGCAAGAAAGGAAUGGCCAUUCCCGGAUUUGGAGAAAAAAGUUGAAGGAUUGAACCAAGUGAGCCAAGAAGGGAUAUCAGAUAUUGAUACAGUUCAGUUAAGCAGAAUGCCAUCCCUCGACAUGGACAGCAUCUGGGAUGCGCUUUUAGUUUCAGAUUCAUAA